UUGAGACGGAAGUGUAUUCUGUUUGACAUAAUGCACUGCAGUUGUUAAAUACCUAAAUGAGAGAUACUGUUGGGGUGUAAUAUCAUAGAAAAUAUGUAUAUGAUAAAGCGAAGGUAGCGCUUUUAGUUACCGGCGAGUUUGUUGUUCGUUUAAAUUGAAUUAAAAAUCUCAAGAUGGGUUCAGAAGAUGUGCUCAAGAGUGCUUCAACACUGGCCUCUUAUAAUGUCCUGCUUCAGGUGAUGUUUCGAGUGUUGACGUUUCUCUUGAACGCGUUUACUUUGCGGUUUGUGUCUAAGGAACUGAUAGGCGUAGUUAAUGUCAGGUUGAUGCUGCUCUAUUCUACAUUGGUAUUUCUGUCAAGAGAGGCGUUCCGGAGGGCGUGUCUAAGCGGUGAAGGGGCGGGGCGUAACUGGAGACAGGUCAUCAACCUGUUAUGGCUCACAUUUCCUCUGGGUUGUCUGUGGGGUGUGUUGUUGGUGUGUGUGUGGUGGUGGGUUCUCCAGGCUCCAGAUCCGGACUCCAUCCCUCAUUACGUUCCUGCUGUUGGAUUGUUCUGUCUGGCUGCACUUACAGAGCUGCUGGCUGAACCUCUCUGGGUUCUUGCACACGCACACAUGUUCGUCCGGCUCAAGGUGAUUGCUGAAAGUUUAGCCAUGAUUGCUAAAUGCCUUGUUACUGUAGUGUUGGUGGUGUCUGCCCCUCAGUGGGGGCUCUUUAUCUUCUCUGCAGCCCAGUGUGUCUAUACAGGGUUUUUGCUGACAUGUUAUGUGUUAUACUUCAUCCAUUUUCUUGGAUCAGAGGAAGCAGAAAAGAAAUCCUUUCCCGUUCAUCGAAUGACAGAUCUUCUGCCAUCCAAAGUGGAUCAUGAGCCACUGCUAAACUGGAAGUUAACCACACUAACCUGGAGCUUUUUCAAACAGUCAUUUCUUAAACAAAUACUCACUGAAGGCGAGCGUUAUGUGAUGACUUUUUUGAAUGUGCUUAAUUUUGGAGACCAGGGAGUUUAUGAUAUAAUAAAUAAUCUGGGCUCAAUGGUGGCAAGAUUUCUGUUCUUGCCCAUUGAGGAGAGUUUCUACGUGUUCUUUGCUAAAGUCCUGGAGCGAGGACGAGAUGUACGACAUCAGAAACAAGAGGAGGUUUCCAUGGCAGCUGAAGUACUGGAAUGUCUUUUGAAGCUGGUGCUUUUGAUUGGUCUGAUCAUCACAGUUUUUGGUUACGCAUAUUCUCAUCUCGCACUUGACAUCUACGGCGGGGAGCUUCUGAGUAGUGGAGCUGGGCCAGCUCUCCUACGGUGUUAUAGUUGUUAUGUUCUGCUGUUAGCCAUUAAUGGAGUGACGGAGUGUUUCGUUUUUGCUGCCAUGAGCAAAGAGGAGGUUGACAGAUAUAAUCUAGUGAUGCUGGGCCUGUCAGCCUCUUUUCUGCUGCUGUCUUAUUGGCUAACCUGGAUGUUUGGGGGUGUUGGCUUCAUUCUGGCAAACUGCUGCAACAUGGCUUUACGAAUCACACACAGUAUUGUUUACAUACGUCAGUACUUCCUGCAAAGUGAACACAGGCCACUGUGGGGGCUCCGCCCACAUUCUGCUGUCCUUGUAGCACUUGGAGUGAGUGCUGUCGUCACAGCUUUCUCUGAGAGCGUGUUUUGCUGUGAUGACGGCUGGCUGCUGAGACUUUUCCAUGUAGCUAUUGGAGCGGUUUGUCUCUUGACUGUUGUGAUCACAGUAUUUCUAACAGAAACAAGACUUGUGCAGUUUGUCAAGACUCAGUUGUUACCCAAAUACAACAAGAAACGUACAUGAGCUUUUAUUUGGAAAGCAGCUGACAGUGAAAUCUCUCUGAACUGAGGUCGACACUAACAUGGCAUGGACCAAAGGUUGCAGAUUUGAAUGUCUCACACUUUAUUUUGUUUCUUUGCUUGUUUUUUUAAUGAGAAAAGACGUUUAAUCUGAAAGAUACAGUUUCUCCAUAUGCAGAUUUUGCUUAUGAUGUCUAAAGAAGAUGCUGACAGUUUGAAGAUGGUAAGAUGCAGGAUAUAACUUAGUUAUAAGUUACGCAAAGAUAUCAGAGUCCAUCAGAUCAUACCAACUGUUCUAAUGUGCCUGUCAUUCCUUUAUUGAUACAAGGAUUUCAUUAAGAUUCUCUUUAAAUCAAACCUUGAGGCUUUAUUUGAGAGACUAAAGGUGUACAGUACUUUGACUAAAUGUUUUAGAACAUUGUGCUACAAUGUUACUAGAUGUACACUGCAAAUCAGUGGUGACUGUAUAAAUGGCAUGUAUGAAUGAAGUGGUUAAAAUAAAUGUAAACGGUACUGGUUGCCAUUGUUUUUGAAAAUAUUUUAGAUGAUACUGGAUACUUUAUUUACUCUUUAAAUUUGUUUGGGUACAAAUAAAAGUUU